AAAAUAUUAAAUAUGCAUCAUAAUCACACAGUAAAAUAUAUUAUAAUUAACAUCAUAUUCACACUAAAAUAUAAAAUUACAAUACAUGCUCUACACUGAGUAACACAGGCUUUCUUUCCCAGAUUUGAAAUUCAGAACCUCUGACUUUUAAAUAAUAGAUACAGGCAUUGUAAAAAUAAUUAUCAACUUUAUUUCUUAAUUUCUUGACAAAGUUACAUGAAGAUUAAGACAAUAGAAUGAAGGUAACAGUGUUUUAAGAAGGGAUUUGAAUCCUUAGUAAUAAAUAAAGCCUGAUCUGAACACAGCAUUCAUGUGGUGUCGAAAUAAUCAGAAAAAUUUGUUGCUGACGUCAUCACUUAUAAACCGAUUAAUAUGAUUUUAAAAUCAGCUCUUACAGAAGCUUCGUUGUGUAAAAAAUAAAUCAAAACAAAAACAAAAUGAAGCUAAAGCAUCAAGUAUUGACACGUUUUCAUGAAUCCUGGCAGCUGCAUGUUAUUCAUCGUCGGAUUCUCCCUCACCAGGGCUAGUGAAGUUAUCCUGCUGUGUAAAACUGGUUUCAGUCAGGGGACUCCUCCCACUGAUCCAACUGGUUCCUCCCGCUCACCUCGAUGAAACCCAGCAACGCUCCUGUCCCUCUGAGACGCUCAUCAGGGAACUGCUGACGAGCUGCAGCAGCACCAAGGUGGAGUGAACCAUGUGUGGCUCUGCUGCCAGGAGCCAGUUACCAUCCAAUCAUAAUGAGGAGAGAGUUAAGUUAGUGCUGAGGCUGCAGCGAGGACUGCUGGGACCAUAAGGAGGAGACUGGAGAGGACGGCUGCUCCAGCUGUGGCUGCUCUGUGGCUCCAGUCUCCAUCAACAGACUCUGCAGGUAACAGAAAUGGCUCUAAACAACAGUUUGAACAACUCUGGGACCAGCGGCCCACCCGAGAGCAUCGUGGGUAGCACUCACCCCACCAACGUGGGCGCCGUCAUCCUGAGCCUGGUCUUCCUCUUGGGCUUCCCCGGGAACGUCUUUGUCAUCUGGAGCAUCCUGGCUCGCGCUCGGAAGCAGUCCAUCACCACGCUCCUCAUCCUCAACCUGGCCAUCGCAGACGGCUCUCUGAUGGCCCUCACCCCGUUCUUCAUCGUCUACCUGUCUAUGAAGAAAUGGGUGUUUAAGACAGCGAUGUGCAAGAUCCUCUUCUACUUGUGUCUGGUCAACAUGUACGCCUCCAUCUACAUCAUCAUGCUGAUGAGCCUCUACCGGCUGGUGGCUAUCCUGUGGCCGCUGCGCAUCAGCCCGGUCACCGGCCUGAGGACCACCAUGCGGGUGCUAGCUGUGAUGUGGGUGCUGGUGAUGGUCGCCUCGAUUCCUGCGAUCAUCUUCAGAGAGGCCCGUGGAAAGCCGAUGGUGUGCGACUCCUUCCACGAUAAAAACAGUGAUACGGUCCUGCAGUACAUGCUGGAGCUGGUGUUGGGCUGCUUUAUUCCAUAUGGCGUCAUUUUAGUCAGCUACAUCUGCAUCUUACGCCGAAUCCGACAGUCCAAGUUCCGCCGUCGGAUUCGCAGUGAGAAGCUCAUCCUCGCCAUCGUGCUGGUGUUCUGUCUCCUGUGGCUGCCAUACCACAUCAUCAACAUGGUGCAAAUCACAUCGGCUUUGUGGCCAAAAGGUCAAGUAAGAGACACGCUGGAUAAAAUCUGGAAAAUCAGCCGUGCAGUCACCUCCUCCAUCGCCUUCAUCAGCAGCUCCGUCAACCCGGUGCUCUACUUCUUCGCAGGAAAGUCGUACAUCCGUCGGGAGGGGCUGGAGUUCAUGGCCCGCUUGUUCGAGGGCACGGGGAACGACUCGUCGAGCAGGAAGAGCCGACAGAACAGCCAGAACAGCCGCGACAAGGAGAGAGAUGCGGAUGCUGUCAUGCUCAAGGACAAAGGCAGAGACUCGUUGACCAACUCCAGCUCUAAUGCCAAACCCUUGAAGAAUGGCAAGUAGCGGACACAGGGGGAAAAAGACUGGAUGAUCAAAUAAUUGAACCCCCCAGGCCUCUAACUCUGUCCUCCGUCCGCUCACAAGAACAUGUCAUGUUAAACGAUAAUAAGGGUUCAUCUUGCACAGCUGGUUCCUGAAGAUCACAAGAAGAUGCUUCAUCACGUGGAUCCACUUCCAGAAGAUUCUGUCACAAACUCUGACCGGAAUGUGGACCAGCAUCCUGCCCCUGAUCCAGCAUUCUGCCCCUGGACCAGCAUCCUGCCCCUGAUCCAGCAUUCUGCCCCUGGACCAGCAUCCUGCCCCUGAUCCAGCAUCCUGCUCCUGGACCAGCUUGCUGCCGGAGGCCUCCUACAGACUGGUUCACCACCCCCCUCCAAAAGCAUCCAAAGACAAGUGCUUCCCUAUGGGGGGGCUGAAUGUUUCUUAUGUUUAUCAGUCAUUAUGAAACGUUUUUUAAUGAAUCUUUUUCCAAAUAUUCGUCUACGUACUUUUCUUCUUGCAGUUUUUCACUUGUACUAAAGCGUCUCAACGAACUGUGAAGCAGUGAAGACUGAGAGUUUGAGCCGUGUGAGGUUCAGAGUUCAGGUUUGAGGCAGGAACUUGAUUUUGUCUCUACAAUAUUCAUGUGUAUGUGUUGAGAGAUUCUACCACAUGUCUUAUGUCUGUACGACUGAGCAAAUGAGUUUUUGGUCACUUUUGAUUUAGUGGAUAAUGCUGUAAACACGUCGUUAACAUUUUUAUUACGUAAAAUGAUGCUAGCAGACGGUUGCAUUACUGUUUUGCAUGUGAUCAGGAGUCCUGCACAUGUUCACCCUCCUUUGAGCUUGUUUUGGUCUCGACCAGCUCUCCAGCUGCUGAAUGACUUGAUGUAAAGAUGGACAACACGACUGCUCCAAAAACUGAAGCCAUCUUGAUUGCUCCCCGGAGCCAAGCUGCAUUGUUAGUCGUGAGUCCAGCCUCCACCAUGUUAGUGGAUGGGACAAGGACCAAAGUAAAAAGAUCCAAGUUCAAGUUCAAUAUUUUUGAUCUUAAAAGAUAAUUUUCGGUAGCUCACGGCACAUUUACGUUCAAGAAGUCAUUUUCAUUAUUAGUCAGACGUGUAUAGCUUCAUGGUGUCGGAUGGUAGCGUUUGAAUCCCGGAUCAUUUGACAUCAUGUCUGAAUCGAUGGGGGAAGUGGAGACAUGCAUGAGUUCUGUUUUCUGCUGGAAACAGCUUCCUCAUGUGACCAGAAACUGUUCAGUUGAGAGUGAAGCAAUUACUGGGUUGUAAAAUGUAAACAGCGUUUGAUUGCACUAAUUGAAACUGCAGACUUUGUUCAUUGUGAAAAUAUAGUUGUGUUAAUGCUCCCCUCUGAGCAUGCAAUGGAACGAUUACAUAGAGAAAACAGCAUCGAAUAAAAAUCUUUUCCAUAAACUUCA